AUGUCGACCGCCGCAGAUGACAAGAAGCCGUCCGGCGGAGACUCAUCCGUACACAUUAAUCUCAAAGUGAAACGCCAGGAAGGAAAUGAUGUGUUCUUCAGGAUCAAGAGAAACACGCAACUGAAGAAGCUUAUGACUGCUUACUGUGAUCGUGAAUCACUGAAUAUCAAAACCAUUGUUUUUCUAUUUGAUGGCAGUCGCCUCCGUGAGGAGCAUACUCCAGACGAGCUGGAAAUGGAGGAUGGUGAUGAGAUAGAUGCAAUGCUGCACCAGAUUGGAGGUUCUACCGCUUGUCAAGAAUUCAAGAAUAUUGCUUGA